CACCAAAUCUCACCGGGUAAAGCCUCGCAGUUUUGGACGCCAAAAAACACCGUCAGCUGUACCCUUUUCCUUGGUCUUAGACGGGUCUUUUCCACUUGGCACCGGGACACAAUGUUGGGUGUCAAGUUGACCCUUUUGAUGGCCAUGGGAGUCAUGGGCGGCAGUCCAUUGCGGCGACUACGUGUCGCAACACGGCAAUUGCAAUGGAACGGUGAUUCCAAUGAAAAAGUGGUACCACAGUGCAAAGCAGGAUACAACGAUGUGAGUGGCGGCAGCGCCUUCUACUGGUCAUGCGCCUUCCACUGCGAAGGAGGUCCUUACUAUGCCACCGAGGGCUGCAUUUGUGCAUGCCUCACACCUGAGCAGGAAACAGCAUGGAGAGGCAUGGUCACCACGCUGCCGGCCUCGCCUUUCUCGCCGGCCGACGAAGCAGCAAGGCGACCCGGGGAGAUCCUGGUGACGCCGCCGCCCGCCACAACACGACGACCCUUUGAUCCUGUCUCAGAGAUUCCAGUGGGAGAGAUCGACGGUGAGUCACCCUCCGGCAGCGGCUCGUCAUCCUCCGGCGGCUCGCCUUCCAGCAGCUCCAGCGGCUCCGGCGGCUCCAGCGGCUCCGCGCUGCCGCCGGGCUUUUCGUUGGCGACGCCCACGGCGGCGCCGAAGGCGCAGGUGAUUCACAACAAGGCGCUUGAUAUGAACGUGGUGGUGAUCGCCGUGAUCGCUGCAUGUGGCAUUGCCGGCGUGACGCUCAUAUUUGUCAUUUGCUUCAACUGCCGAUCUAUGGCAUCGAUCUUUCGGAAAAAUGAACAAGUGGAGAAACCGAAAUUUGCCAUGGCUCCAGUAUUACGCCUUCAUGCAGAUCCUGGAGCUUCCAAUUCUCCCUGCUGUGAUGUGGAGGCACCUUCGAGUCGAGCCUCCAGCAAAAUGUCCACGAACUCUGGCACUUCGGGCCCAUUUCCCAAUUCCCGCCGGUCAAGCAAAGCUUCUACCGGGAGCUAUCAGCCUCAAAAGGACACAAGCAGCCUCUUGAAGCUGCCCAGGACCGAUUGGCUCGAUGUGGCCGGCACCAGCGUGGAGAGUUUGUCCUCCUGGGCGCGGGAGCACCGUCCGUCCUUGCAGCCUCCCAGUGCCUUUCCGGGCCGCGGCCGUUCGUCGAGCCGCACGAGUGCUGGAAGUCAGAUAAGUCAGGAGCAAACGCUGCAAGCCCCACGCGGACGAUCUUCCAGUCGUAGCAGCGCCGUGAGUCAGGACAGGGGUACCCAGAGCAUCACUUCGUUGGCGGAUUUCAAGCGCAAAGUUUCGAAGGUUCAGCCGGUGGCCGUUCAGUAGGAACGCAUCGGUGACACCGCGGAAUCAGCACUAAGUUGCUUUGGUGGAGCCAGGGUGACAUGGUGAAAACUGACGGAGCAAUGUCUGGACACUUCAGUGCUUCCAGUU